CACCAUCACAAAAAAGACUUAUUAACACACCAUUAUUAAAAUCAUUAUCUCUCUAAUUCCAAGUUUCCAACCCCUUUCGUAAUCAAUAUGGCCGCCAGCUUCUUCAGUUCUUCCUUCCUCAUCUCCGCGCUCUUCCUUUCCUUUCUCCUCAUCCACUCCGACCACCACAUCCGCCCCGCCUCCGCCGUCAGGCCCACGUCUUCCUGCAGCAGAUCACCUUCGUCCCCGUCGUCGUCCACGUCAGCAUCAUCGUCGUCCACGUCAUCGUCGUCGUCCACGUCGUCUUGCGUUCACGAGCAGUCGAGGAACGUGAUCAGGCGGUGCGCGAGGCUGAUCUCGAAGACGGGCGCGUCGCUGGACGAGCCGUCGGCGGAGUGCUGCGACGCCGUACGGAAGGCGAAGCUGCUGCCGUGCCUGUGCUCGUACAUCACGAGGGACAUGGAGGACCUCGUCGACGUCGGGAGGGUGGUCGACGUCUUCACCUCCUGCGGCAAGAUAGUCCGUCCCGGCACCAAAUGCGCGAUUAUCAUCAACUUAACCCCAAUUUUCGCGAUGACGAAGUUUUGGCUGGCGGCGGUCGGGUUGGCUUUCUUACUAACCAGCUUCAUCAACAUCAGCCCGGAGCAGAGCUUCUACGCCUCGGCGGCCGACCAGACCUACUGCAACGGCGACCUCAACGCCCUGAUGUCGCAGUGCUGGAAGUACGUGCAGAGUAGCGGCGGCGGCAAGAAGGUCCCGCCGUCGGCCGGCUGCUGCGCCGCCAUGAAGCCGGUGGACGUGCCCUGCGCCUGCGCCUACAUCACCAAGUCCAUCGAGGGCUACGUCAGCAUGGACAGGGUCGUCUACGCCGCCCGAUCCUGCGGCAAGGCGCUUGCGCCUGGAACUAAGUGCGGCAGUUACACUAUACCUCCACAGUGAAGAAAUUGGCCGAGGGACGAAGCUAUGGAUUGCGCUUGGAACUCGUCGAUCGCUUCGUUUUGAUUUACUAUUUGAAGAUUUCAAAAAAUUAUAAUUUAUGAUAUUACGUAUGCGCAUAUGGGAAGGGCGAUAAAAUAAAGCUAUUUGUGUUCUUUAACACUGUUGUUGUAUCCC